CCUUUAGCUUAGCAUGAACGAGUUUCGUUUACUUAAAUUGAGAAAACCUGCCGCUUGUAUCAAAACUGUCGAUUUUACUUUAAAAGCUGGUGCCGUCAUGAUUUGGAGAAUAUGUUAAAUAUUAUAGCACUGGUAGUAUAAUUCAAAUGGACCCAAGUGAUUUCAGUAAAUAGGAUUUUUUUGUGUUACUUUAGCCACAUACUCCAUAGGAUUGGAUAAAGAAAUAGCUUCCGAUGCUAACUUUGCGGACCUCGGCGGAACACUCGAAUCCCCCUUGCUUUUUCAGAUGAUCUCUAGUUUUCAUAUGACAGCAGCACCCCGCGUGGGUAACUUGCCCGUAUGCGAGUUCUACGACUAUGAGACGCUGUUUUUGUCCUGUCGGUACAUCGUAGGCUGCUGAGCUGUCCAUAGUGGCGAACCCUUUGAUAAACAAGUCAUUUUACUUAGUUAUUAGGGGUUAAGUUAACCCGGUUAACUUUCUUAUAGUUAUUCGGGCUUAACAUUCGUACAGUUUCUCAAGCGAUUGAAUGGCACCAUAUUUUGUAUGCGUAGUAGCUAGCAUGCGGCUUUGCACACUUGAAAGCUUACUAACUUUCAACAACCAACGUGUUACCUUGGGUUAACUUAACGUGAACGAUACAUAAGGGAAGCUUACCACCAACCGUUACUUUUGUGAACUCCUAACUGGUGCAGGUCAAGCUGCUCGUAGAGUCCUGAGAAGCAAUGAAGGCUCAGAGACCCUCGUCACAUCCCAAACACACUUUGCGAAAUGUUAUCAAAAAAGCAAAGAACCCCAAAUGGCAUGGGCACAACAAAGCACUACUUCUUUCAGAUGAUCACAGUCAAGGCCUCGGUCCUCCGUCAGCCAGGUUUGAGAAUCAGACGGGCCACAGCGGGAAACCCAGUUUGAAAUCGCAGAGACGACGAUAUGCUAAAGCUGUCAGUGGUAGGUCUGUAAGCAGCCCUCUAACUGCAGCACCUAGAGUUAAGACCUCAGCAGCACACAUUAAUGGACAAGCCAAGAGUUGCUCAAGUAGCAGUAAUAGUGAUACAGAGGACUCACAAGGCUGGAGAUCCUAUGCCCAGUCUGUUCUUCAGAAUGGCAUGCAACCCAUUGCUGAUGCUGAAGAAAGCUUGCUGUCCGAACACGUUGGGGAGGGAAUUGAACCAUUUCUCACCCAGUUUGACAUUACUAACAACCGCACCUUGAUGGUUAUGCGACCAGGCCAGACGCUGUGUUUUCGAGGGAAGUGCCUGCUGACGUGUUUGUAUGGGCGGGUGGAGGUGUUGGGUUUCACCAUAGAGGAGGGUCAGCAGCCAUACCCCCUCUACUCCCCAGCCUCUCACUGCCCACUCACCAUCACUGCAUUGGCAGACAGCUCCCUAUCCACCAAAAACCGCAAAGAAUGCCGACAGGAAGCCAAGAUGGUGGUGCGCAAGUACUUAUCCUCUGUGCCAAGGAAGCAUCUACUGAAUGAGAUGGAUUCAGAUUCAUGUGUUGUUCUUCUUGAAGCUCUGGAGAAUCCCCUCACACACUUCCUUACUAGCCACUCACAGCUCAAAGAGCUCUUUGGCCUUAGCUCGAGAGAACUGCGUGAUGACUUGGCAGUGGAUAAUUCUGCUCUGAGUGCAGUUGGGUUGACGGCCCUGAACAGCAGUGGUAACCAGGGCCUGGUCACUUCCAGGAGCUAUAGAGAUGCACUGCACAGACUUGUUCAAGUGUGGGGAGAUGAUGAGUGUGAUCGCUGUCCAAUCAUUUUGGUGUAUGGCGCUAAGAACUCUGGGAAGUCUACCUUUGUUCGUCAUCUCAUCAACAGCCUUCUUAACCAAACUACCAGCGUAGAAUACCUGGAGUGUGAUGUGGGACAGACGGAGUUCACUCCCCCUGGCUGUCUCUCUUUGACAGCUGUCACAGAGCCUCUUCUAGGCCCUCCGUUCACCCACCAGCAGGAGCCCAGACACAUGGUGUACUAUGGCCAGGCUGAUUGCCAGUCUGAUCUCGACCGCUACCUGGAGUCGCUGAAGUCAUUGUGGCGACACAGCAGCGGUGAUAUGCCAGUCAUCAUAAACACCAUGGGCUGGGUUAGAGGUCUUGGUUUUCAGCUGUUGGUUGAUCUUGUCCGUUUCUUCUCUGUGACUCACGUGGUGCAACUCAGCUUUGGAGAAACGUCUCAGUGUCCUGCUCUCACUCCUGACUUUUUGAGAACGGCUCAUGGCUGGCAGACGCACCCACCGGCCCAGCCUGCUUUAGGACAACCUGAGAAUCAAGAGGCCCCACACAGCCACGUGUUCCUCAGCAUUCACUCAGAGUUCCAGGGUGCUGGCACCUCCGGGGAAAUGCGACAUCAACGCAGUAAUGAAUUGCGAGAUCUGGCUCUCAUGGGAUACUUCAGUCAGAUGCAGGCCCCAGAUUCAAGUCUUGUACGGCCUCUACAUUGCUUCACUCCUUACCAGGUUUCUCUCUCUGCUGUGGCUAUUGGCGUGACUCAUUGUGACGUGGCCCCCGCACACAUACUGUAUGCUGCCAACGCCAGCCUAGUGGGACUGUGCUGUCUGGACGAGAAGGUGAUCGGUCGGGGCGGUCCAAUGCUGCUCUCCCAGACUCCCAUUUGCCCGUGUGUUGGACUGGGUGUUUUGAGGGGAGUGGAUAUGAUAAGGGGUCUUUAUCUCCUGGUGACUCCAGUCCCCCCUGCUCUGCUUAGUCGAGUCAACUGCCUUCUGCUUGGAGAAAUCUCUCUGCCUAAAGCCCUGCUUACCACACAGUCUGGAGUGGAAGGAGAUCUACCAUAUGUCACCACAGACUACAGUUUUGAGCUUACAGGAGCUGGAAAGCUCCAUGUUUUUAAAGGACUCGCUAGGCCCAGUUUUGUCGGGUCCAAAGCAAGUAACAAGACAUAGACGGCUCUGCCAUGGUGUGUAGAACUUCGUUUGACCAAGACAGUCAUUAUGCUUCAGAAAUAAAUGAACAAAAUUGCCAUCUGGUGGGAGUCAAAUGGUUUGCCAUUGUUUUUGUCAGUGUGCUGGUCAAACCUGUUACAGCCAGGGAGUUCAAUUUUGAUGUUUUCCCGAAAGAGCAAAAGAGUCUCCAUAAAGCAUUAUUGAUAAAGGGUCAUUUAAUUGCAUGCUCUACAUUCUCAUUUUACACUUCCACAAGCUUUUUCUUAGUAAAACGCUUCAAUUUCUUUUUUGUUGUCUUCAAUCCACUGUCUCGGUAGAAGUAGCUUAGAAUCAUAAUGGCCUCAACAGAGUUUUUGCCAUAUAUUCGCAAAGGUGUCAUGAACAGAUUGCAGACUCAUACCUGAAAAGAGCAGACUGAACAUUGUAAUACAAUGUAGAUGAUCCACUGAACAUUGGAGCCAUUACAACUUGGGCAUUCUUUUUAUACGACAGUCAUCGUUCUGCUCCUGUUUUCAUGGUUGUCUUUUUCCCCCCAUGUACCAUUUUACACGUCUGUCUGUGGCUCAGACCCCUAUUCUCCUCGAGACCCCUCCUUUUUUUAUUUUUUAGUCAGAUAGCGCUGAAGUAGGUUGAACUAAUUAAGUUGAAAAAUAAUUGUUUAAGAUAUGUGUAAUUGAGCUGGAUUAUGUCUCUUUUUUCCCCACAUCUUGUCCAAUGUGAAUGUAAAUAAUGAAUGUUAGCAACUAUUCAAGACUUACUACUGCAGCUACUUAUUUUAAUUGCAUUGCAUUGUGGAUAUGCUGUAAUGCUACUGUAGGCAGUAAUGGAUGACAUGCUUAAGUGUCUUUCAAUUCCAUCAACUGGUUUUGUAUUGCUUUGUGUGGCCCACAGAGGUUAGACAUGGUCUUUCUUUGACUUGCCAUUUAACUGUGGCAGUUCGGGCAUAUUUCCCAAUGGCAGGGAAGUUCGGCAAUUUUUUAUAUAACAUUUUGACAGAGACAAAAGACAUCCAAAUUUGUGACGUUACAGUUUGCUUUUUCAAACUACUAGUUCAUCCAAAAAAAAAACUGCUUUUUCAAACUGCCUGUACAUUUGAAUCAGUUUAGCUGUUUCCUCUUUAUGAUAAUUUCUUUGUUUAAGCAGUUUCUAAUACUUAGCGUUCACACUUUUUUGUUGAUACACACCAGCUGACAUCGUUUCUAUGUGUUUUGUACUUUUAUUUGUCUUGAAAUAAAGGACACAUUUACAAUUUAG